AUGGAUGAAAUCUUCAAAGCACCACCCGAGCCCGCGACCCUUCUCGGCCGCUAUCGCAUCCUCUCCUCUACGGCGGGCGUCCGCGUCUCCCCGCUCCAACUGGGCGCCAUGUCCAUCGGCGACGCCUGGUCGGCAUACAUGGGCAGCAUGGACAAGGAGCAAUCCUUCAAACUGCUGGACGCCUUCGUCGCUGCCGGUGGCAACUUCAUCGACACCGCCAACAACUACCACAACGAGCAAUCGGAGACCUGGAUCGGCGAAUGGAUGACCGCCCGCAAGAACCGUGAUCAAAUCGUUCUGGCCACCAAGUACACCACCGACUAUCGGACCUGGGAACUAGGCAAGGGCAAUGCGCCCAAUGCGGUGGGAAACCAUAAGCGCAAUAUGUUUAACAGUCUGCGCGAUUCGCUGCGGAAGUUGCAGACCGAUUAUAUCGAUGUGUUCUACGUGCACUGGUGGGAUUACACUACCUCAGUCGAGGAGCUUAUGGACUCGCUGCAUAUCCUCGUCGAGCAGGGCAAGGUCAUGUACCUGGGUAUCUCGAAUUGUCCGGCAUGGGUGGUAUCUGCGGCGAACACGUAUGCCCGCGCACAUGGCAAGACGCCCUUCUCUGUGUACCAGGGCCGGUGGAAUGUGAUGCUCCGCGAUCUCGAGCGGGAGAUCCUGCCCAUGGUGCGACACUUUGGUAUGGCGCUGGCGCCGUGGGAUGUCCUGGGUAGUGGACAUUUCCAGACGGCCAAGCAGCUGGAGGAACGAAAGGCGAACGGCGAGGGUCUUCGCACAUCGAUGGGAACGGAGCAGACUGAGGGCGAGCGGCGCAUGUCAGAGGCUCUUGCGACGGUUGCUGCGGAGCAUGGCAUCGAGUCGGUCACGGCCAUCGCGUUGGCCUAUGUGAUGAGCAAAGCCCCUAAUGUUUUCCCUCUCGUGGGUGGCCGCAAGGUUGAGCAUCUGCAUGAUAACAUCCAGGCGUUGUCGAUUCGGUUGACGGAGAAGCAGAUCGAGUUCCUUGAAUCCGUCAACCCGCUUGACGUUGGGUACCCCUAUAAUUUCAUUGGUUCCGACCCGGCCACUACUACUGGCAAGGCGGGCUUCCUUGCUCAAACGGGUGGACACGUUGACUAUGUGUUGGCUCCGAAGGCGAUUGGGUAUUAG